GCGAUAUCAAGAACCAUCAAUCAGACUUCAAUGGACCAGCUUUCAAACCCAUGGAGAAACAAUGAGUCACGAUCAAAAGAAUAUGAUUGACACUAUUGUCAGUCAUGUCAGUGUUUUCUCGUCAGAUAACAUGAACACGCACCAGGUGCUUGCCACCAUCACCAGUGCUGGUGGUGAGCCGGUUGAGAUUACAACCGAUGUCGACCCUGCUAUGAAGUUUGCGCUUGAUAACAAGGUUGAGUAUGAUGAAGAGAAGGAUAAGAAAUUGCGCAGAAAGCUCGAUUUCUACCUUAUGCCAGUGCUUAUGCUUUUGAACGUUGCCAUGUAUAUGGACAAAAGUGCACUGAGUACUUCUGCCAUUCUUGGAAUCCGUAGUGCCCUCGGAAUGCAUGGUGAUCAAUAUUCUUGGGGAACUUCUGGUUUCUAUUUGGGUUACCUGGCCUUCGAGCUCCCAGCGAGUUUGCUGCUCCAGAGAUUCCCCCUUGUGAAGACCCUUGGUGUCUUUGCUAUUUUAUGGUCUCUUUUGCUGAUCCUACAUGGUGCUGUUAAAUCGUACGCUGGCUUGAUGGUCUUGAGAGUUCUCCUUGGUAUGCUCGAAUCUUCCAUCAAUCCAGCCUUAGUGAUGAUUACAGGUCAGUACUACAGGGCUGGCGAGCAGUUCAUGAGAACAACUUUAUGGUUUUGUGCCAAUGGUUUGGCAACAAUCAUCAUGAACUGUAUUGGUUACGCGAUGGUUGAGUAUGAAGACUCAUACUCCAUUGAACCUUGGAGACUUAACUUUUACAUCAUCGGUGCGAUUUCGAUGUUCAUUGUUAUUCUCUUUGUGAUUCAUGUCCCAGAUGAUCCUUCAAAGGCCUGGUUUCUUAACGACGAGGAGAAGGCCCGUCUUGUUGAGCGUUUAAGAGCAAACCAACAGGGAUUUGGUUCCAAGAAGGUCAAACCAUACCAAAUCAAAGAGGCUCUUACGGACGUUGUCACUUGGUACUAUUUCUUCUAUGGUGUCUCAUCCGAUAUCCCGUCAGGUUCCCUUGGCUCAUUCGGAUCAAUUCUUUUGAACGAUGACUUCGGGUUCACUACAAAGGAAUCCAUGCUUAUGAAAAUGCCAAACGGUGCAAUCGUUGCUGUCGGGUGUCCUUUAUUCGUGUGGGUAGGCCUGAAAAUAUGGGAUUCUCGUAUGUUCGUUUCUGUGAUUUCGACAGUGUUCUGUAUCUUAGCUGCUUGUCUACUUGCCUUUGGUCAAAAUAACCAAACUAAACUAGCUGGGUUCUACCUCCAGAGUUUGAAUCCAGUGAGUAUGGUUCAAUGUCUAUCCUGUUUCUCCAGUAACACUGGUGGUGCUACAAAGAAGGCUGUUAUGGAUGCUAUUUUCCUUAUUGGGUACUCUGCAGGGCUGGUGAUUGGUCCACAGACAUUCAUUGAGUCGCAAGCUCCAGGGUAUGCUGGCGGAAAGGUGGCUAUUGUUGUUUGCUAUGCUGCAAGUCUUGUGUUCCUCUUGUUGAUUUGGUGGGAGUAUUACCGCAGAAAUCUUAAGAAUGAGAAGAAUCUCCAGGAGAAUCCUGAGAUCGAAAAGGAUGCAAAGAAUAUCGACAAUAUCGAGUUUGCCGAUCUCACUGAUAAGGAGAAUCCUCUAUUCCGUUACACAUUGUGAUUUGCUAUACGCUGUGGCGUGAGGUUGAAUCAC